AUGCAUUUCUCAAAAAGCCUUUUUAUUCUUUCCCUUAUUUCAACAAUCAACGCAAUGUUUACGCCUGUUUGCAUACCAACUUCUUCGAUAAACCCAUGCACAGGAAAUUCAGGCAUGAUUUCUGACCUUUCAAUUAGCGGGAUAGGCUUCCCAGGUUCAAACACUGACUCAUCUUCAGGUGUUAACAUCAACUGCCACAUUAACGGCUUUGGAGGAGGAUUCGGAAAUGGCGGAGGGUUCGGAAACGGCGGAAACAUGACCAUGCCAAACAUAUGCAUGCCUUCAGGUUCUGUUAGCGACUUCUCCGGGCUAAAUCCAGGUGUAUCGUUGCCUGGAAUUCCUUCUUUGGGGAUGCAGAUGGCCUGUAAUUCCAUAGGAAUGUCCGACGUAAAAGUUGGCGGAGUUGGAAACUGGGGGAAUGACUGUUACUCCAAGGUUGGAAGCAUUUUCAUGAAUGGAUUCGGUGGGAACUCCAAGCUAAAUGACAUAUGCUGCACGAUUUCAGGCGCUUCUCCCAAAAUUCUCAGAUAA